CAUUGUUAAUGCUUAUGCAUAGCAUAAAGCGUUAAGUGUUAACAAAUUUAAUUUAAAUGUAGCUGCGCUUAAAGCGCAAUGCUCGCCAGGUUACGACUAUUCCGUGUUCUAUAUAUGAAAAAUCGAUACUUGAAGUCGCAGUCGCAACGGCAGGCACGUCAAAAGUCAAAGCGUCACUAGACGCAAACCGCUUAUUAGAUGACUAAAAAUAGUAUCAAAAGCAAGGAACAAUACCCAAUAGAAACCCAAGAACAACUAUUAGGCCAGCGAGAAGACUUUAGCUAAGCUGCUAAAUAAUGGUGGAUGCAAAGCCACCGCCAACGCCCACACCGGGCACGCCCCCCUCGGCGUUUACCGGCGAGAGAUCAAAAAUUAAAUUGUUCAUGGAACGCACACCAAGCAUCGGAGCGCUCAAGUCCAAGUUCUUGACCGUGCUGGGUAAUAGCAACGAGCUGCUGAAUGGUAUAUCAAACAAGUUGACUUUAAGCAGCAGCAGCAGUGACUUUGAAGACGAUGAUGAGGAUCUGCCAAAAUUUGAUGAGACCAUUGAUUACACAAAGAUUGACUUUGAGGCGCGUCGAGUAAAGGCAAGACGCGCACAUGAGGAAAUUAUUUCGGGUCGCUAUAGGCAGCCGAAUCUAGCGCCGCGUCCUCGUCUGGAGCAUUCGCGAGUACGGCACUCCAACAAGCUCUGCGGACCGCUGCGCGACAGCUCCCCCUCUUCCAGCAGCACGGGCGGCAGCAGCAGCGAUGACAGCAGUGAUCUCUCUCUGCCAGAGCAGAUGGCAGCGCUGUCGCAUGGAGAACAAAGCAGCCACACACAAUCCAACUCUAUGGACAUUGAAUCGCGGCAUUCUGGUGGCUACGAGCGUCCCAGAGCCAUUGCUGGCGCUAGGCGCAGCGAACUGGAUAUGCAGAAGGAUAUGCAGCGCAUUAGCGAACUGCUGGAGGCCACGGCCUCGCCGCCGCAGAUUGAUGUGCAGCCACCAACAGAAGCGGGCGGCGGCAGCAGCUCGUUGGCACGUCAGCCUUGGGGCAGCUCCAUGCGUAUUCCUGCACGCAGUCGCACCUCCAAUAGCAGCACAUUGACCAGUCUUCGAGAUGAGCCUGAACAGAUGAUGAUGGCCAGUCCCAGCAUGGAGUCCAGCGACUGGCGCAACUUUAUACGCUCCGAGUCGCAGAACUCGGUGCCGUCUUGGGCGAGCUCAAUUAGCCUGGACUGUCGCGCUGGCGAGGAGCCCGUCAAGGAGUUCAUGAAGCAUUUCACGCAGCUGCUCUUCAACAAUUUCACGAGCAUUAAUCUGGAGCUUAAGUCGGAGUUUGGCGUGCUGCUGCGUCUGGAGAUGGGGCGUCUAUGGUUUACACGGUUUCUCAGCGAGCAGCGCAACAAGUCCAAGCGCAUCGAUACGCUAACGUUCAAUGCGCUGGCCCAAUACUUUGCGCUCGCUUUGUUUGAAUGCGGCGAAUGUGAAGAUUAUGCGCCCGCUGCAGUGCUUAUGAAUCUCUGCUUCUUGUUCUACCAUGAAAUUGAAGUUCCUGGCUGUGAGCCGUAUCGCGAGUACCUGUUCAUUACUUUGCGCCAGCAGCCCAUUUGGCAACAGGCGCGCUUUUGGAAUGCCGUUUUCCUGGAGGCCAUGCAGUCGGAGCGCGAGCAUCGUCUAUCCGCACAGCUGCGACGCCAGCAGCGGCGUCAGGCCAAACAGCAACAGCGUCUAGCUGCAGCUCCUCCAGCAGAUAACAACUUACCCGUGGUGACUGAUGUAACAAAAAUUCAGCGCAAGCAUGGUCCAGAGUCAUCUUCCAGCUCAUCGCAGCGUAAGCCAAGCAAGAACCUGUAUACUGCCAAGGAGCAGGAGGAUAUUGCAUUUCGGCAAUUAGGUGCCUUUACCUGUAAUAUGCAUUCGCUUGGUGUAAACCAAGAUCUGUGUGUGGAAUUCCUAAAGAAACACGUUAUAUCUCUCAAUCUUUGCAAGGACAAAGCUAAGCUCAUCAGGGAUAAUAUCUAUCGCAUGUACCAUGAGACAGAGAUGUGGGGCGCUCAGUGCAACUAACUGGAAUAUGUUGAUGGUUUAAAUUGUUCUACAAGUACCCAGCACUAGCUUUAUCAUAUAUACUAUAUAAACUAAUCAAGUUUGAAAUUUCGUCUCAACUUACUUUUUGACUCCAACAGUUAAUCUUAAAACUAAAUCUUGCUCGUAUGAGUACUUUAAAUUUUUACUUGCAUUGACUAUU